GCCGUGAGCUCACUAAAGCACGGCACACGGGAAAACGGCACAUCUGCAGGGAAACCACACAUCUGGAUUUGCUUUUCUGGAGGGGUGAGAUAACCGUAGAAGCAUGGAGCCCGACGUGCAAGUAACACCAGCCUCCAUCCUUUCCACAAUCCCCACGAACGUCUCCGGGAACAACGUCACCGACGCCGCCGAGUGUCCUCACUGGGAAACGUGGGACUGGCUGUACGUCAUGCAGCCCACGUACAUGUUCACCAUCUGCGUGCUGGGAAUCCUGGGAAACGUCUUCGUCCUGCUGGUCUUCGGCCUGCACAAGAAAGCGUGCACGGUGGCGGAGAUCUACCUGGGGAACCUGGCGGCCGCCGACCUCCUGUUGGUCUUGUGCUUGCCGUUCUGGGCCGUCAACAGCAUCGACGGCUUCAACUGGCGCUUCGGCUCGCUCAUGUGCAAAGCGGUCAACACGGGCAUCAGAAUGAACAUGUUUUGCAGUAUUUACCUGCUAGUGCUGGUUAGCGGCGACCGCUACGUUGCGCUCGCCCACGCGCUGUCGCGAGGCAGAAUGAGGCGGCCGAGGUGCGCCAAGCUCAACUGCAUCGCCGUCUGGGUUUUCGGAUUAAUCCUCAGCGUCCCGACGCUUCAUUUCCGGGACACUCGAUUCAUCCCGGAGCUGAACAUCUCGGCUUGCAUCCUGAACUAUCCAAACCCCAACGUCGGCCUCGCCUGCGACAUCCUCCUCAUCUUGAUAGGCUUCAUCGUCCCGUUUUUGGUGAUCUCCUACUGCACGCUGAGGAUCAUCCGAGCGCUGCGCGAGCAGAUCAUCGACCGCUUUAAUGUGGAAAACACCGAAAAGAAAGCCACGGUCCUGGUGCUGGUGGUGCUGAUGGUGUUUCUCUUGUGUUGGGUGCCUUUCCACCUGGUGACCUUCAUAGACAUCCUGAUGCGCUUGGGCGUCUUCGGCGGAUGCGACGCGGAAACCGCCGUGGACGUCUCCAAUCAGAUAUUCACCUACUUGGCUUUGAGCAACAGCGUGUUGAACCCGAUACUCUACGUGAUCGUGGGCAAGAACUUCAGGAAGAAGGUCAAAGAGCUGAUGAAGCAACUCACAGAAAAAAAAACUGAUUCGUCGAGCAGUUCUACGAGAUCGCAGCUCUCGUCGACCUUGAAAACUUUCACCACAUUUUUAUUGUAUGGUCUACUAGUGACGAAGCAAGCCAAUUCAUUCCAGCGCCGCGCCAGUUUUGGCCAAAAUUCAGCCUCAGCAGCCGCUCAAUGGCUCUGGAGGAAUGAGGAUCUAAAGACUGCCUCUUCUCGGUCUCUUACUAAACACUUCUGCAAGAACAAGAAGACGGUGAGAAUGCAUCUGGCGACGCUUCAGCCUCCAAAUGGAUCCGUCACUCCAUCAUACCUGGACUUUUUCGACACAAAAGAGUGGCAGCUGGUCUACUCCAUCAUCCCACCGUACAUCUUCACCGUCUGCUUGACAGGAAUUGCGGGCAAUUCCUUCGUGUUGCUAGUGUUCCUGCUCCAGGGAAGCCGCUGGUCCGUGCCCGAGAUCUAUCUCGGCAAUCUGGCGCUGGCCGACCUCAUGCUACUCGUCUGCCUGCCGUUUUGGGCCAUGAACAUCCUGAACUAUUUCAUGUGGUCUUACGGAGAGAUCAUGUGCAAGGUGGUCAACCUCUCCAUCACCGUCAACAUGUACACCAGCAUCUACAUGCUGGUGAUGGUGAACGUGGACCGCUACCUCGCGCUCGCCUUGACCAUGAAGGCCAUGUGGCUGCGACGGAAACGCUACGCCAAGUUCAUCUGCGUCGUUCUGUGGCUGUUCGGCCUGGGCAUGGGAGCUCCGACGGCCGUCAUGAGGAAACUCAAAGAUAUCCCGGGGCACCAAGCCGUCGAAUGCUACCUGGAUUAUCCCGACGCGAGCUGGAGACUCGCUCAUUUUCUGCAGCUGAUCCUGGUGGGCUUCGCUCUGCCGUUCCUGGUCAUCACGUUCUGCUGCGUCAACAUCAUCUGGGCUUUGAAGCGCCGGAGAGACAGCGGUUACUGGGAGGACCGAAACGACAAGAAGGCUACGGUCUUGGUUUGCGCCGUCACCCUGCUCUUCCUCACCUGCUGGGGCCCGUUUCACUUCGUAACUUUGCUAGACUUACUCUGCGAUCUACAGGUUUUGGAUGAGAACGAGUGGUCUCACUUUCUGAACAUCGGAAACCAGUUUUCGGUGUACCUUGCGUUCUCGAACAGCUGCCUGAAUCCGCUGCUGUACGUCUGCUCGGGGAACUACUUUAAGAGAAAAGUCAGCAGCAUCUAUAACAGAAGAAAACGCUCGUCGGAUGCGACUGCGCUUCAGCGGACCGUUCUAACCUCUACGACAACCGCCAAUCAGAUCAAACCUGUUGUGUUAUACGAGAAAGACUAGAGUAAGAGUUUUACAACAUUUCUAGUGUGGUAGUAUUUACAGUACUGGCGUAAUUAUGAGGGUUUUAAUCAAACUCUUUCACUAAAUUUCUACAAUAGUUUAAGAAAAUGUAUCUUGAUUAAACAACGAACGAUUGAAUUGAUUGAUUAUAGAAGAGUGAGCCGUCUGGAUGCACAUGGGCCGAUUUUAAACUACAUUCAAAAGAAGUUUAACAAACCCUCUUCUAUUGAUGCCAAUGCUCUAAAUAGUUGCUAAACAUUUCAAAUGAGCUUUAUGUGCAUGCUUUCUCUUUCUUGAUGACCUGUGUUUCCCCUCAGCACAAUUUUGGCGUAGUUUGUGAAAAUCACGCGAUGGCAAGGGUCUGAAGCAGCACGAUGUGAUUGUACAAAAGGUACUGUAAAAUAUCUGUCUUGGCUGCUGUUCAUGCAAACAUAAUCUGUUAUGUCUUCAGCGAACGUUUUGUGAACUGUUGGGGAAAAGCUUCUUAUGUAUUAUAUUGUAUUGGAUCUGUGCAUCACAUUAGGCCUUAAAAUAUAGGCUUUCUGUCACAUUAAAGUUUUGGAUUUGAAUCA